UUUUAAAAAUAUAUCCAGUCGAACUUAAUUUUCGCGCGAAAUGAACUAGAACUCCAUAAGGAGCAAUAGAGGUGAAUCAAAGGAUUAACAUGGAGCUAUCACUAGACGACUACAUUGGCAGUACCUCUGGAAUGGAUUUUCAAGUGAAAAUUAGAAAUACCAAAGAACAGAGAAACAUUGGUUUUUCUGGAAGAGGAGGAGGGAAUGCUCGAGGGUGGGGCCGUGGUGGUAUUACUAGAUCAAAGUCUGCGGUAAAUACUGUGAAUUUUAGAGGUGGAUCCAAAGGAGUCAGAGGUGGGAUCAGAACUUUUAAAUCAUUGAGAGGUGCUUCAGGUGUAAAUACUGCAAAAUUUAGAGGUGGAAUUGUUUCUGGCAGUGCAUCCAGAAAUUUGACAAUUUCUGUCCCCAGUAAUUCUGGUGGAUUUGACGCUAGGGCAAAAAUAGCUGCCAACAAGAAACCUCUGGAUGCAAGAGAAAAGUUGACUUUAAAAGGGAAACCAACUGAUGCCAGAGCAAAAAUUGCAAAUAUUAAAGCUCAGAAAAUGGGAGUCAAGACUAACGAUGCGAGAAUGAUUAUCACAAGCAAGACAGGAGGUCAAGGAGGAGAGGUCAAAGUGCAGGUCCAGGGGUCAAAUGAUAACACAGACAGUGGUCUUCUUACAAGAACACUCACUACUGGAGGAAAACAAAGCUCAAUCACACGUACAAUACCAGGAGGAGGAGGAAAGCCUCCUUCCUCUAUAACAUUUGGACAAGGUGGAAAUCCAAUCAUUCAAAUCAAGAACGAUCAGUUCCACAAUCCUCGACAGUCCUCUGGAGGCCAGCCAGAUAUUUACUAUGACGAGGAGGAAGAGGGGAGUGUCCAAAAGCCCAUGACCUACUUAGUGGAAAAAACACUGACUGUUAAAAAACCUCAGCUCCUUCCAACUUAUAAGUUAACACAAGAAGUACCAAAACGCCAGCCUCCAGUUGUGAAAAAACCCAUCAUGAUUUCAACAAAGAAACCUUCCCCUAUUCAUUUUGCUAGCUCAGAUGAUGAUAUAAUCGAUGAGACACACAGGGAAUUAAAACGUAAGGCAUCUUCAGCACCAGUGUCUGGACCAUUAAAGUUUGCCAGGACCACUGGGACGGUAUCAGGAAUUUCCUCAGUACCGUUAGAAAGGCCCAAAGUGUUGACAUCAGCUAGUGUGAAAGAGGAGGAAAUUCCAGCAGAGCCACAGGAAUCAAGUGGGUAUCGUGUCAUAGUAUCUAAUCUUCAUACAAUUGUGGUACAAAAUGACAUCAUCGAGCUGUUCGGAGCGAUUGGGCCAAUCAAACGAGCUCGGCUUUUGAAGGCAGGAGUAGCUGAAGUUGUGUACCUUAAUAAGGAGGAUGUUCAAAAAGCGAUCCAAAAAUACCACAACAGAGAACUGGAUGGACUGCCAAUGCAGGUAAAGUUGUACACCCCUCCCAAACCUAAGAAGGCUGCACCUGAGGCUAUUGUCGGCAAUGUCAAAGAUGUGGAGGGACCCCUAAGACUUGGUAAAGAUAAUCCAAAGAAAAGUUCAGAUCUUGAUGUUGGUAUACUACACAAAGCUUUGUUCAAGACUGGAACCCCAAACAAGACAAAGGUGGCCUUUACAGUGAAAGUCUAAUUCUGAAAAUGCCAUGUACAUGUGCACCAGCAAAACUAAAGUGUAAAUAUUGGGAUAUAUUCUAAAGGAUACUUCUUAUUUCUGUGAGCCAUUACAGUACUGACUAUCUAUGAAUUGAGAUUAUCUGCCCAUAUAUCCAUCUCCUUAAAGCUUUUCCCCGAUUUUCCCUUAACUUUGUUAUUGCUUUAUUAGUUUCAUUAAGCCCCAGGCCUCGCCCCUCAAAAAUAUUAAUGAAUUAUGCAGCAAAGGCUUUACAAAGAAAGUUCUUAUCGUUAUACAAGGAGACUACCAAGGAGCUGUUUAUAUGGUGCAUGUAGGUAAAAAGAUGAGCUUUUGUGACAACAGAUUAUUUUCAUAAUGAAUAUAAUGUUAUCGUCUUCAUUCAUCAUGAAUGCAUUUUCAAAUGUCAAUAUCAUAGUCUUUGUUUCAUGUUCAUGUUUCAUUAAAGAAUUAGCACACUA